AUGCGUGUAUAUAACUUUAAUUUCAUAAGCUUUCUGCUUCACACCUGCCUUUCUUGAUUUCAAUAGCAAAAAUAAUAAACUGAUCGAACCUACGAAAAUUUGUAGACCACCCUUUACACCAACUACCCAUCUCCACAUUUUCUCUCUCUCUUUCUCCGCACAAUGGGUGCCCGAAUGGUGUUGAGUUUGCUGCUGCUUGCACUAGCAAUCUACUGCGGGUUAGACCCGUUUAACCACAGUGCAAUCCACGGGUUCCCAAACUUUGUAUCCCAUGAGGUUGAAUUACCUGAUCCUUCUUCAAUCCCAACUAACAAAGACCCACUUAAUCUGCUGCAGAAUUCGGAAAUUAAGUUUUUGGGUCAAAUUCAAGGACCCGAAAGCCUUGUUUUUGACCCACUUGGUCGUGGCCCGUAUACUGGUGUUGCUGAUGGCCGUAUUCUCUUUUGGGAUGGCACCAAUUGGACCGAUUUCGCUUUUACUUCUGCUAAUCGGUCCGUAUGUGAUCCACAGCCAAAUCCUUUUGGUUACCUUAAGAACGAGCAUAUAUGUGGUAGACCACUGGGGCUUAGAUUCAACAAGAAGAGUGGUGAUCUAUACAUUGCAGAUGCCUACUUUGGAUUAAUGAAGGUAGGAGCAGAAGGAGGUGUGGCGACAUCCCUUGUAACAGAAGCAGAAGGAGUACCUUUAACAUUUACAAAUGACUUGGAUAUUGAUGAUGAUGGGAAUGUGUAUUUCACAGAUAGUAGCUCUCAGUAUAAGAGAAGGAACUUCAUGCAGUUGGUUUUCUCUGGAGAGAAUGGUGGGAGGAUCUUCAAGUAUGAUCCAGUGACCAAAGAGACUAGUGUUCUUCUGAAAAACAUCCAAUUUCCUAAUGGUAUUACAUUCAGCAAGGAUGGCUCUUUCUUUCUCUUCUGCCAAGGUUCUGGAAAGAUAAUCAAAUAUUGGUUGAAAGGGGACAAGGUUGGAACCACCGAAGUAUUUGCAAUUCUGCCUGGAUUUCCUGACAACAUUAGGACCAACAAAGAUGGUGACUUUUGGGUGGCAUUGCACUGUCGACGCAGCUGGACAAACCACUUGAUGGCAGCAAACCCUAGAUUCAGGAAUUUCGUGCUGAAGCUGCCAAUUAAAGCAAAGUAUCACUUCUUGUUCUUCAUUGGAGGCUGGCCACAUGGUAUCAUCAUCAAGUAUAGCCCUCAAGGUCAGGUCCUACAGGUCUUGGAGGAUGCCCCGGGGAAGGUUGUCAAAGCUGUCAGCGAAGUCGAGGAAAGAGACGGCAAACUCUGGAUUGGUAGUGUCUUAAUGCCAUUUGUUGCUGUUUAUGACUUGGAUUCAACCUCCGCCUGAGACCUUCUCAAUUCUCAUCUGUGCCAAACACCCACCAUUUACAGAUUUCAAUGCUCUUUAACUGUAGACUAGUUCAUACAAAGGAAACAUCCUGCCUUCUUUUUUUCUAUACAACUGUUUCGUGACCAUAAUAAGUACAAUAUACUCUUGUUUUUCUCA